UAAAGCUAGCUCGCUUUGAUUAGCCACGUCAUGUAAACUUAGCAGUGGAGCAGUUCUGAGAGAAACGCGGCGAGGACUCCUUAGUAAUUAGUGUUAUUAGGUCAUUAUUUAAGUAAAGCUCUUGUUUCGGGGUAAUAAGUCCGCAGUCAUCGCAUGGAAAGAUGUCAGAUAUCGGCGACUGGUUCAGAAGCAUCCCUUUCAUCACCCGGACCUGGUUCGCUGCCUCCAUAGCUGUACCCUUUAUCGGGAAACUAGGACUGGUUGAUUUUAGGAACCUCAUGCUGGUCCCGGAGCUGGUCUUAAACAGAUUUCAUCUUUGGAGACCAGUGACAGCCACCCUGUAUUUCCCCAUAACACCUAACACUGGCUUUCUGUAUAUGGUCAACCUGUAUUUCCUCUACCACUACUCCACACGGCUAGAAACAGGAGCUUUUGAUGGCAAACCUGCAGACUAUAUUUUCAUGCUUUUGUUCAACUGGAUCUGCAUCGUUAUAGUUGGCAUGCUGAUGGACAUGCGGCUGCUGAUGAUCCCACUGAUCAUGUCGGUGCUCUAUGUGUGGGCUCAGUUCAACAAAGACACCAUUGUGUCCUUUUGGUUCGGAACAAGAUUCAAGGCACACUAUCUACCUUGGGUCAUCCUGGCCUUUAAUUUCAUCAUCGGAGGCUCGUUUGUAAAUGAACUAACGGGCAACCUGGUGGGUCACCUCUACUUCUUCCUCAUGUUUAAAUACCCCAUUGACUUGGGAGGACGUUCCUUCCUCUCCACACCAGAAAUCUUGUAUCGGUACUUCCCCAACAGGAGGGGAGGUGUGUCGGGUUUCGGAGUCCCUCCCAGUAGACCGGCUGCACAGCACCACGCAGGAGGAGGAGGAGGAGGAGGAGGAGGAAUAGGAGGACGACACAACUGGGGCCAAGGCAACCGUCUGGGGGGCGAAUGAAAGAAGACAUGAGGAGAGAGCUACACCCUUAGACCACACCUUUGUUUGCUCCUGAUCACAAAAUGACUGUGGAGAUGAUGUUUUGGGUUAAAAUGCUUUCUUUUUCACAUGAUAACUUAAGUUUAGUUAAUGUUUGUUUAGUUUUAAAUGAUACUACAGGAAAUAUUGAUGAAAAAGGCAUUUUAACAGAGACAGCACUGCACAGCAGGACUAAGACUCUGCCUUCAGCUCCACUUUAACAAACACUAUGGCUGUGGUUCUGUGAAGCAGGCUAAUAACAAUAUGAAUAAAUAGAUUUUUUUUAUGCAAUGGUUCACUAUCUCCUCUCUCCUUUUCUUCCUUUUUUUCUGCCCUCUUCUUUUCAUCGUCUGCUGUUUCUCCUCCCCUGCCUCCAGACUGUCGAGAACGGAGAUGUUGCAGCAGCACACCAGCACUCUUGUUCAUUUAGAUUCUCCUGUUCCUGUUCUCUCUCUCUUUGUGAUGCCAUAUCAGAUUACAUUGUAAUUACAAACGCACUGGUAGCGUGCUCUCAGCUGGCAUGGGCAGAACUAUGUCAGAGCACCGCUGUCUCCAGGUCUGAAUAAACACGGGUGUAAGAUGUUUUUUUAAAGCCUUAAUGGCACAGACCGGAUCUUCUUCUGUCUUAAACUACAAUCUGAACCAAAACAAGGUGAUGAUGGGAUUGUGCUCUUUUUUGUUGUAAAUAUAACAGUUGUUUAUUGAAA